AUGACCGUGACUGUGACCAAGGCUAACGGAGUCACCGUUUAUACAGUGACGUCUGACAGUCAAAGUUGCUUGCCACCAUUUUGCCAACUCUUCAAGGAUAUGUGCUACAGCCCCAGGUGUUGUUCGGUGUCCCAGCGCAUGAAAACUAUCAUGGGCUCUUCCCAAGCUCUGCUGGGGAGCCUGCAGAUCGCCGUGGGUCUGACGACCAUCGCCAUCGGCGUCCUCCCCAUGUUCGGAGGGUACGAAAACCCCUGGUGGAACAUGUGGGUCAACUUGUUCUCCUUAUGGAUGGGCUCGGUGUUUGUGCUUUUUGGCGCCAUCUGCAUUUUCUCUCAGAAGUACCCGAGUCCGUGUCUGGUCAUCAUCAACGCCAUUUUGAACCUCAGCGGCGUGCUUUUCGCCUUGUGCAACAUCGUCCUGUGCGCAAUCAACAUCGGCGUGAUAGACAUGUGGGACGUGUGCGAGUUCCCCAAUGAAGAGUACUCCUACAGCAGGCCGAGCAGACGUGAAAGAGACUUUGAGGAGCGAUGCCUGCAAGCCAAAGACCUGCUUCUUAUGUUCCUGAAAGGCAUCAACGGAAUUCUACUGGUGUUGGCUGUCUUGGAGCUGUGCCUGGUGCUCUCGUCCUCCAUUUUGGCCAUCAAAGCUCUCAGGAGCAACGAUAAGGCACGUCGCAAGAUUGCCAUGUCGAGCCCUGAAGACGUGAAAGAAGACCAAACUUUUCCGGAGUUCGGCGACAAGGAGAUUCUCGUCAAACCUUGA